CUUGCAAAAUCCAGCAAGAAAAAUCCUUCUCAGAAAGGUCUCCAAUGCAUAUGACCUCAUCUUCCUUCGUAUCCUACUCCACUCCAGGACUAUGCCAAUUUAUGGCCAUGCUCCCAACAGCAGGUCACCUCCUGUCCCUCCUGCUGGUGAUAGGCACAGGGGGUACUAUGCCCAGCCCCCGGGUGCCUCCCCGGGGCUGUUAUGUGGCAAAGGAAGCAGGUGAACAGACGUUCCGCUGCAGCCAGGCAGGCCUGAGUGCUGUGCCCUCCGGCAUCCCCAAUGACACCCGCAAGCUCUACCUGGAUGCCAACCAGCUGGCAUCGGUGCCUGCUGGUGCCUUCCAGCACCUGCCUGUCCUGGAGGAGUUGGAUCUGUCCCAUAAUGCCCUUGCCCACCUCUCAGGGGCAGCUUUCCAGGGCCUGGAGGGCACAUUGCGCCACCUCGACCUCUCUGCCAACCAGCUGGCCUCAGUGCCCGUGGAGGCCUUCGUGGGACUACAGAUCCAAGUGAACCUAUCCGCAAACCCAUGGCACUGUGACUGCGCCCUCCAGGAAGUGCUCCGGCAGGUGAGGCUGGUGCCGGGCACUGGGACAGGCAUCGUGUGUGGCUCAGGAGCCCGACCGGAUCUCGUGGGGCAGGAGUUCCUGCUGCUGGCAGGGGAGGAAGAACUGUGUGGGUCGGGGUGGGGUGGGGCCCGGAGGAGCACCGAUGUGGCCCUGCUGGUCACCAUGGGGGGCUGGCUGACACUUGUGGUGGCUUAUCUGGUGCAUUAUGUGUGGCAGAACCGAGAUGAGACCCGGCGCUCCCUCAAGCGGGCCACAGUGCUGCCCGUGCGUUCCGAGGACUCCUCCGUCCUCAGCACAGUGGUCUGA